CAGCACAGCCCGGCGCGACCCAACCCCCAACACACCAACAAAGGGGAUCACACACGACGUCUAGAUCACGAUCAUUACCGAGACUGCCGUCGUCUGCCGUCCCACGCGACAAAUCAUCAACUGGCGCGACUCGUAUUCGCGCCCGUACGUUGGUCGUCCGCCCCGGAAUCAUCAUCAUGGUCUGCGCCAAAUGUCAGAAGCUCGGCAAGGGCACGACGCUCGCCACACCCGAGGUCAAGAAGAAGAGUGAGAUGUACUACGGUUCGCCGGCGAGCUCCUCCAAAUCAACCGGUGCCAGCAAGUCCACGACCGUGGGUCAAAGCGGAAUCGUAAAGAGCAAGCUCCUAUCCAAGUCGGCCAAGAACCCCUAUGCUCAGUAUUCAAGUUCAUGUUCAAAGUGCAAGACCAAAAUUACUCAGGGACAUACUUUUUGCCACACUUGUGCAUACAAAAACGAAGGUAUGGCGGCCCUUGUGUCGUUGUCGCUGAGUGACUACCACUUACUACAAAACCAGCUUGUGCCAUGUGCGGCAAACCCAACAAAAAGGGCUCAUCAAAGGCCCCAACGGUGUCUGGCCAAAAGUUUACGCUCAAGUAAUGUGCGGUACAGCCCAUCCCAACCAUUGGCCCCGCGAGAUGGGAGCAGCAGCGGAUCCGGGGGUUGUUUGCAUCGCGUCCUCCCAAAUCACGGCAUUCUUCCGCGCCCACCUACAGCGCUGAUUUGACGUCGCCCUCGAAUAAGGACUUCAGCCACUUGCCGAUGUGCGCGUUGACUUCGUCGCUGGCACCCGUCAAUGCCCAGUGAGAGCCGCCGACUUCAGCCCUGGUCAGCUUGGGCAUGUAUCGUUCCAUGCCAAUGGACAUGGAAGGUGGCAGCGCGGUGUCGUUUUUGGCGGCAAUGUACAUGGUGGGCAUCUCAAGUUUCGUGUCCUUGUCGGCCAGGGGCAGCUCCUCCUCCCAGUUGAUCUUGCGCGUGCGAUACCAGUUGAGCGGUCCUCGGAGUUGCGGCACGCUCUGGAGCAUAUACUUUUCGACAUAGUGGUUCAGCUCCUCCUCAGAAAGCAAAACGGUCCUAUUGAGCUUGGGCAGAUUGUCCAGCAGGACGCCUUGCUCGGGAAUGAGAGCGCGCUCGCGGUUGGGGCCGGAUCCUCCCCACAUGCCGUUCAGAAACUGGCGGAGUUUUUCCUCGCCCUGAAUCUCCUUCUCCACGUCUGGUCCAGCGAGCUGGAGCUGGUAUGUGAAGUUCUUGAGCUUCCCCAUGGCAAUGAGGUCCUGCAGAGGUAGCCAGGGCUUCAUGGGUGCGUUGAACGGUGUGCAGACGCUGAAGACACCCUUAAGAAGCUCCGGGUACCACAGAGCGACCCUCCAGACGAGGGCACCACCCCAGUCGUGUCCACCAAGAACAAUCUGGCCGUCGCCAACAAAUUUGCGUGCCAGCUCCCUGAUGUCGGCAGACAUGCUCUUGAAAGAGAACUGGGCCAGGUCUUGCGGGGUGUCAGACCCGGCGUAGCCCAGGAGAUCGGGCACAACGACGCGGAAGCCGAGCUUCAUGAGGUACGGGAUCUGGUUGCGCCAGCCAAAGCUGCAGUCCGGGAACCCAUGGAUGAGGAAGAUGGUGGCGACGGGAAGCGUGAUCUUGGGCUCGCCGACGAUGUACUUGUACGUCUUGCCGCGGACCACGGCCGAUUCGUAUCGGACCCUUGGGUCGUAGGGGGUGAGCUUGCUCGCGUCCAUAGUGGGGUUUUCUCUUGAAGGCUGUAAGCUGGGGCUCGCGCAGCGGUAUGUCCUGGGCGCGUGUUAAUAAGAGGAGCACGAGACUGCGAUCCGAUGCAAGUGCGGCGUUGCUGAUGUACGUGGGUGCAGCCGAUGACGUCCAAUGUCACGGCCUCCAAUCGAUGGCAAGGGUACUUCGUACAACAGGGAUCGGCUUUGCUUCCCACCUGUUGACUUACCGACUUGAGCACACAGGCGGAACAGCUCUGCCGACAGACACCUGCGCCGCACCGUCCGUGACAGUUGCUCUCACCCGUCUUCCUUGCCGUUCGUGAUAACUUCGCGUUGGGAGCUCGGCCGUCAGUUCCGCGAAUCAACGGAUUGCGUUGCCGCUGAAGUGAAGUGGGAAUUGGGCGGGCGACUGCUGGUGAAUCGAAGCUCGGAGCCCGUGUCUGCCGGCUCUGAUUAGUACCCGGACAUGGCCCAGGGGUCGACCAUACCUACAUGCGAAGUACGUGCCGCGACGAAUGAAUCACCCACCACCGUUGCGAAGGAGAAGAGAGGCGGGUUUCCUCUGAGUGUGUGCACUACGCAAGUUUGCCCACGUCGAGCUGCGGUCUCGACGUGUGAGAGAGACAAAGGAGGGCUGCGACG